GGGCAGUCACCUGACGGAUAUAUCCAUAUGUCGGGAUUUGCCUAACGUCGAGGUGGUCACGUUCAGCGUAAACGGCAUCUCGGACCUGGAGCCGCUGCAGCAGUGCCAGAAGCUGUGUGAGCUGUACCUGAGGAAGAACAGCAUAAGGAGCUUGGAGGAGCUGUUCCACCUGAAGGCCCUGCCCAGGCUGCGGGUGCUGUGGCUGGCUGAGAACCCCUGCUGUGGCCCUGACCCUCACCACUACCGCAUGACUGUGCUGCGCAACCUGCCUGGCCUGCAGCGCCUGGACAACCAGGCUGUGACAGAGGAGGAGCUGUCCCAGGCCUUGGUGGAUGGGAUGGAGAUCACGGCCCCACCGGCUCGGGGCAGCGUGGAGAAUGGCUGGGCUGAGGACACCGACUCCAGCGCCGCUGGAUCCAUGGCUGAGCCCGAGAGCCAAGUGCUGAGCUUCAGCCUGGACAAGAAAAACAAAAUGCAAGAGGAGCUUGGUAUGAAGACUGUUCCCAGGGAUAAAUAUUCCUCCUUUUCCCCUCGAGACACAGACUGCAACUGUAAGAAGAGAAACAAUGUCCUCAAUGCCAUCCUGCUCCUCAUGAAGGAACUGGACGCUGAGGGGCUGGAGAUCAUCCAGCAGACAGUGGUGAGGAGGCUCCAGGCCCUCCAGAAGAAGGACCUGCAGGAAGAAUGA